AUGGCCGUGUUUCCAAAAAAGAAGCAAGUGCAAAUAAUGGAGGCAUGGGAGGCUCUUAUUUACAGUUAUGAUGAGGCUCAGUACUACAUGAAGUUGGCUAUCUUUGAAGGAAUUUGUAGUAAUUGUUCUAUUUUUUAUGAUUAUGUACACGAGCAGUGGUUAAUUCCUCACAAGGAAAGGUUUGUUGAGGCGUGGACAAAUAGAGUUAUGCACUUUGGGAACACCACAACACAAAGGGUUGAGUCGGCACAUUGGAGUUUGAAAAGGAUAUUACAAGAUAGUAUUGGUGAUAUAUGCAGUGUUUGGGAAACCAUCAAUAGCAUGAUUGUAUUACAACACAAUGAGAUAAUAGCAUCAUUUGAAAAGAGCAUCAUUCAAAAGGUGCAUCGCUAUAGUAACAGAUUAUAUGCGAAUUUGCGUGGUGUUGUGUCAAAAAAUGCAAUUGAUCACAUUGCGGCAGAGUAUGAUCGCGUGAAGUAUGUAGGUAUUGAUCAGACUGAGUGUCGUUGCACAAUUAGGACAACACAUGGUCUACCUUGUGCAUGUGAAAUAGCUAGGUAUAGUAUGAUCCCACGUUCCAUUCCAUUAGACGCUAUUCAUGGUUGGUGGAGUAAAGUAACUUUCCAUGUUGAUGCAUCGAGUCAACCUUCAGAGUUAUCUGUGAAACAUGAAAUAGAUGUCAUAGUGAAAAAGUUUGAAGAACUUGAUGUACCUGGAAAAAUUUCACUUAAAGGUAAAUUACGAGAGAUCGCGUAUCCAUCGACUACGUCGAUGUUUCCACCGGUUGCCAAGGUUAAAACAAAAGGUGCACCAAAAAAAGGUAAAAGUAAGGUAUCAAAAAGAGAUAAAUCAACCAAGCGUGAUUCAUCUUGGUGGGAGUAUGUGGAUGCAAGUGUUCGAUGUAGUGGUACAAAUGCAUGUAGCACUAUAGAUAUCAGUAAAGUAGAAAAGCUAGCACCUCGACCAUCAGUCCAAAAGCUCACACCUCGGCCAUCAAUUAGCAAAGUUCAACAACCAAGAGUUCUCCUCUUCAAAGAUUGGUUGCCAUUUGAAAUUCAUAAAUUCAUAGAUGACAUUAUUGAUGUUGGUGAUGAUGGUAAUUGUGGAUAUCGUGCAGUUGCAGCUUUACUUGGAAUGGGUGAGAACUGUUGGGCAUUCAUCCGUCAACAGUGUGUGAUAGAGCUUCAAGAGUUCAUGUCUCAUUACAAGAUACUAUUUGGUGGAGAAAAUUAUGUUCGACAACUUAUACACAAUGUGUAUGUUGAGCAAGUUGCGUCGAAGGAUAAUUGGAUGACACUUCCAGAAAUGGGAUAUGUGAUUGCUUCAAAGUUUAACGUGGUUGUCGUCGCAUUAUCACUUAACCAAUCACAAACAUAUUUUCCACUUCGGAGUCCACCACCAACAUCUAUGUCAGAUCAUCGUGUGAUUGUUAUUGCAUUUGUUAACAACUGUCAUUUCGUACAGGUUUACUUAAAGUCAUAUUCCCCUAUACCACCAGCAAGUAAUUUGUGGAAAAAUUAUUGCAAUGACCAGCAAGUAAUUUGUGGAAACAUUAUUGCAAUGAAGAAGCACGACAAUGAGAAUUUAUUUACAAGGAUCGCAUGCAACAUUGGUUGCAGAUAUUUCCAGAAACUAUAA